UUGUUUAUCUUGUUUCUCUUAAAACCAUGACAAUUAACUAGAAGGAUUAAUGAUAAGUUUUAAUUUUUGAUUGUUAAUUAUCUUCCCAAUCAGCGGAUGAACCACAUUGGGUCGAUCAAUUUGAUGUUCGUCGUCAAUUGUGCUAACAUUUCUUAUGGUUAAAAUUUCCUUGUGAAUUUUUUGCUUAUUUUAAUUUCUCUUUGUUGUUUUAAUUUUGUUUUAUUUCUGAAUCUUUUUUCUUUAUUCGAGUUUCAAUUGUUGAAAUGGUUAACCAACAAUCUCUCGUUUUAAUUGUCCUGGUGACAUUAGUUCUGCUGCCAUCAAAUCAUUGUGAUCAAAUCAAAUUAAAACCAACCGUUGAAAUUGUCCUGUCAAUUCAUGCAUACGCUAAAUCUAAUAUAUUACCAUUCACAUUGAGCUCUCUUGAGAAUCAAGAUUAUCCCAAGAAUCGAACUAGAUUAUCAAUUAAUUUCGAUAUUUAUCCUGAAAUUUUGAGAUCAAUCUACGAUCGUAAGGAUGAGAGAUACCUGCGAAAUUUGGUUACUUUGAAUAUCUUGAAAUCUUGGAUUCGGAUAAAUCGCCCUUUCUAUCAUGAAGUGUUGAUCAAUUACAAUUAUUUGGACUCAAAAGAUGACCCAUUGGAAGAUGUUGACUAUUGGGCUACUGGACGUUUCGAUAAGAUUAUUAAACUUAAGACAACUGCAAUCGCUCAGGCUUCAUCCAAUUGGGCUGAUUUUCUCCUUCUAAUGGAUUCGGAUGUUGUUCUGGUCAAUACUGGAACUUUAAGUCAUUUGGUUUCUGCGGAAAAAUCGUUAAUUGCUCCCAUGUUAUAUUCACUUGGAACUUAUUCCAAUUACUGGGCUGGAAUGAAUAAAAGAGGAUAUUAUUUGAGAACUGACGAUUACAUGCCAAUACUGGAUCGAACUAAACUUGGCAUUUUCGAGGUUCCAAUGAUACACUCAUGCAUCUUAAUCGAUAUGGGAAUUCCAGCAACAGCACAAUUAACAUUCAACGCGACCCAUUUAAGCAACAGUACACCUUAUGAUGAUAUAAUUGCUUUCGCUUUGUCGGCUAAAUUGAACAACAUGUCGAUGUUCAUCAGCAACGAGGAGCUUUGGGGAUACAUUAUGCCUGCCGUAGAAAUUGUCGAGCUUAGUCGAUUCGAUCAGGAAUUAAUUGACCUUCAGUUGGAAGCGACGAUUGAAGAUGCGUCUUUUCCCUUGUCACCAUCACUUGCUCAUUUCGUGGAGAUACCGAAAAAAGAUCGACUUGGUGUCGAUGAAGUUUAUGUAAUAAACUUGGACCGUCGAACUGAAAGGAAAGAGGCAAUGUCCAAGCGAAUGGAUAUUCUCGGUAUAAAUGCAACCUUUUGGCCUGCGGUUGAUGGUAAACUGAUCAAUGAGGAAUAUUUGAAGAAGCGAGGAAUCAAAUUUCUACCUGAUUAUGAGGACCCUUAUCAUAAACGACCGAUGACCUUUGGUGAAAUUGGUUGUUUUCUAUCACAUUAUGAUAUUUGGAAAGAUAUGAUCAAGAAAAAUCAUAAGUUCGUCGUUAUUUUAGAAGAUGAUGUUCGUUUUGAGAGAUCUUUCCGACCUCGAUUUAAAGCUUUACUUGGAGCGAUUAAAAAAUACGAAGAAUCAUUCGGUGGAACUGAUCUAAUUUACCUUGGAAGAAAAGCUCAGACUGAUGAGAAAUUUACUCAAACCGCAAUUAAUGGCCUCAUUUUACCGAAUUAUUCUUACUGGACAAUUGGUUACAUUUUAACCCAACGUGGAGCAGAACGUUUAAUUAAUAGUAAACCUUUGGAAAAACUUUUGCCUAUUGAUGAAUUUCUUCCAAUUAUGUACGAUAAACACCCGAAUCCCGAAUGGUCGCAACACUUUUCACCCCGUGAUCUUCGCGCUCUCAGCGCAUCUCCACUUCUAAUCUCACCGACACAUUAUGUCGGCGAUGAGCAAUAUAUCAGUGACACUGAGGAUUCUCAACAAAUCGGUGAUAAUCCUUCUCACCCUAAAAAUCACCACCAAGAACUUUAAUCAAUAAACCAAUCGACCAACAAUUAUCUCUACUUAAAAAGUAAUAACAAUUGAGCCAAACAAAAAAAAAACUUUACCAACCACAAUAAGCUAAUCGCCAUAAUCUAAACCGCUUAGAUUGGCAUUCAAAUAACCCCAAAUGCUAAUCACUUAUUAUUCAAUUAUUUUAAUCGUCAAAAUUUUCGCCAUCAUCACCUUGAUGUGUACAAUUAAUUUUGAUUAAUCAAUUAGCUAGUCUUUUAAUGUGCCAUAAGAAAAUAUGAAAGCUUUUUUUUAUUAUUAUUAUUUAACUUGAACAAUUUAUAUUAUUUAUUAAACUACACAAUUAAAAAUGUCAAUAUCAAAUAAUUAA